UUAAGAUGUGAUUUAGGCUAAAUUAGCGUUAUUUUGUCAUUAAUAACAAUUCUAACAUGGGUGUUGGUGUAUUUGUAGUGUUUCUAGUGACAAGUAGUGCGUUCGUUCAAUGUCAUCACAAUGAGCAAACAAGGAGGCCGACAACUUCUGUAAUAACCUCCACAGUAUCACCACAAACGACUACACAAACACCACUAACAACCACAACAGCUGAACCUAUGCCGAUACAUUUAAAUACAUGGAUUUACAUCGGGAUAGGCGUAGCGGUUCUACUCAUCGUCAGUCAGACUCUCUGCUUCUUUCUUUACAUCAGAAAACUGAAGUCAUACCAGUCUCGUCGCAGUAUUACUAACAUGGCCCCCUUAAUAACACCAAACGGGAAUUCAGAUCGCUAUCAACGGGCUCCAAGCAGGAUUAACGCGCACGUCGCCAAACCAGCUGAGCAGAAUCACACAUGUUCAUUGUACGAGUAUGAAUGCGUCAAAGAUAUAACUGACAGAGCGGGAAAAAAACCGGAGCCUCCGCCUACGUCAACUUUACCAAAACGAAACCGACCUCCUUUGCCGCUACCUAACGGUGUACACGGGCCUAAAUCCUCAACUUUAACUGCGCAUUCGACUCAGCAGUUGCUGCAACUGCGGGGUCGCGAAGUGUCUACUGUACCCAGUAAGUCUCCAGUGCACUUCAAUCCCCAUGCGCCGUUGCCAUCACGUAGCCCCCAGACAAGACGCCUUCCAACACCACUACGUACAUCAGUUCUGAAACCUCAAGACUCGUCGAGAAACGACAGAUCACACAAGAUUUAUGAAUCAUUGCCGGACCUUAGGGGGAUAAGACACCUCCCUAAGCCGCCAGCCGUCCAACCACCUAUAAUGUUCACACCACCAACCCCAUCGCUUACUCCAGACCUGAACAGGGCAAGAAGAUUUUAUGGUAGAGAAACCCCAUCACCUGUUAUGAUACCUAAACCUCGUUUACCGCUACCGCAAGAAUACAACAGAAAUGGUUACCCACCAAAACGAAAUGAAUCACUGCUGGGCAAAAGAGCGUCUCGUAUUUAUGAAUCACUACCGGACGUCAGAGAGUUUCAGCACCACCGAAAGCCUACCAUCGCUUCACCACCACCUGUAAAUUUUACACAUGCAAUGCCAAGUGUGUCUUGUAGCCUGAACACGCCUAGAAGAGUUCCUGAUCCAGAAAAAGAGUCAAUUACAAAUGAAUUAAUGGAAAAAUUAAAGCGACGAGCGAAUUUAAAUUCUCAAAGCUCCAACGCCCCAUCGCCAGCUCUUCCUAGAAGAACGCCAGUUGUGACACCACCAAGAAGGACUCCGAAACCACAAUAUAUAGACGAGUCAUCUGAAGACGAAGAAUGGACUAUAGAAGAAAUCAAGCAGAUCAAUAUGUAUAACGUAUAAGCAAUAAGACAUUAAAUGAAAACUUAAUAUAGGAAUUAUAAAUAAAAUAUCAUCAUCAUUACGUCAACCAAUGGCGUCCACUGCUUGACGUAGGUCUUUUGUAGGAGUUCCAAAUACCGCGGUCUUGUGCCGCUCAACCAUGACUUGAUCAUAUUAUCAAAAUUAAGCUUAAUUUGCUAUA